AUGAGUCGAGCCUGGUUGUGUCUACUGCUGAUCUGCCUGGCUUUGGGCUGCCAGCUGAAGCAGGCUGUAGGUCAGGUUCAGUCAGAAUCCCAGGAUCAAGGAUCACCGCAAUCGGAGGCCAAUCCCCUGCUGAAACAAUCCCAGAACACCUUCAUCCAAUGGGUUCUCUCACUGCUGCCACAACGCCCAGGGAGCUCCGAUUCGGAGAAUGCCACCCUGGCCACUUUGAGCAGUAGUUCCACGAUGCCGGAGGUUGCAUCCACCACCUCAACCACCACCCCGGCUCCCUCGUCCAGCACCACCACGACCAGGAAGGCCACCACCCCGGCUCCACCCACUCUGAGUCCUCCGAGAAACUGCAGCGACUGCGUCUGCGGAAUAGCCAACAUACAGAAGAGGAUUGUGGGUGGUCAGGAGACGGAGGUGCACCAGUAUCCCUGGGUAGCCAUGUUGCUAUAUGGCGGAAGGUUCUAUUGUGCCGCCUCCCUGCUAAAUGAUCAGUUCCUCCUAACUGCCUCACAUUGCGUCUAUGGAUUCCGGAAGGAGAGAAUCUCGGUGAGACUGCUCGAACAUGACCGCAAGAUGUCGCACAUGCAGAAGAUCGACCGCAAGGUGGCCGAGGUGAUCACACAUCCCAAGUACAAUGCCAGGAACUACGACAACGAUAUAGCCAUCAUCAAGUUGGAUGAGCCGGUGGAGUUCAACGAGAUACUGCAUCCCGUCUGUAUGCCAACGCCGGGCAGAAGUUUCAAGGGGGAACAUGGCAUAGUCACUGGCUGGGGAGCUCUCAAAGUUGGUGGACCCACAUCAGAUACUCUUCAGGAGGUACAAGUUCCCAUUUUAUCGCAAGAUGAGUGCCGAAAGAGUCGCUAUGGAAACAAGAUCACUGAUAACAUGUUGUGUGGGGGAUACGAUGAGGGUGGCAAAGAUUCCUGCCAGGGCGACAGUGGAGGUCCUCUGCACAUCGUGGCCAGUGGAACGCGAGAGCAUCAAAUAGCCGGCGUGGUUUCGUGGGGCGAGGGCUGUGCCAAGGCAGGUUAUCCUGGUGUCUAUGCCAGAGUCAAUCGCUAUGGAACCUGGAUCAAGAACCUCACCAAACAGGCUUGCCUCUGCCAGCAGGAGACCAAGAAGAUCAAGUAG